GCUUCAUGGCGAGUCGGACCUGAGUGGAGAGUUAGGCUAUGUGUGUGAGAUGGAGUGCAGGAGGAAACACUCAAGCCGAUCGAACAGGCUUUGUGCUUCAGCUGUGAUUAUUAGCUGGUUUAUCUGUGUUGGGCCGUUUGAGCUUCGAUGAGAAUGUGACCUUUAUUGCUCAUAUGGAAGACAGCCGUCAGACUGUUUUAGCUGAUAUGAGCACGCUGCCUGGAUACACAGGGGCCAGAAUAUCAGGCUGCUGGGCACUCCGUACAGAUGGAGGUGGAAGUGGUGAAGACUCUCUGGACAGACUCCUCCCUGCGGUCAGCACCUCUCGCAGGAAAAGCAGCACUCUGGGUAAAACAGAACCUCCACUGCUCCGCACCGGCACACGUACCAUCUACACAGCCGGCAGACCGCCCUGGUACAAUGAGCAUGGAGCCCAGUUUAAAGAGGCCUUUGUUAUUGGUCUGUGUGGUGGCAGUGCCUCUGGAAAAACUACUGUAGCCAAUAAAAUCAUUGAAGCUUUGGAUGUUCCUUGGGUGGUUUUGCUGUCUAUGGACUCAUUCUAUAAGGUUCUGUCUCCAGAGGAACAAGCUCUGGCUGCCCAUAACGACUAUAACUUUGACCAUCCUGGAGCUUUCGACUUUGAGCUGCUUGUGACCACGCUGCGGAAACUUAAACAGGGAAAAAGUGUAAAAAUCCCAGUCUAUGACUUCACUACACAUGGACGCCAGAAAGACUGGAAAAAUGUUUAUGGUGCCAGCGUUGUUAUCUUUGAAGGCAUCUUGUCCUUUGCAGACAAAGAGCUCUUGCAGCUGAUGGACAUGAAGAUUUUUGUAGAUACAGAUUCAGAUAUCCGGCUGGUACGGCGGCUGAGGAGGGACUUCACAGAGAGAGGCCGGGACAUUGAGGGGGUCAUUAAACAAUAUAAUAAAUUUGUAAAACCAGCCUUUGAGCAGUACAUCGAACCCACCAUGAGACUUGCAGACAUUGUAGUGCCACGUGGUGGAGGUAACAUGGUGGCCAUUGACCUGAUCGUUCAGCAUGUUCACAGCCAGCUAGAAGAGCGUGAGAUUAGUGUGAGGGCGCUCCUGGCCACGGCCCAUCAGUCCCAGCCGCUUCCUCAGACUCUCAGUGUGUUGGAAAGCACACCACAGGUCCGCGGUCUCCACACCAUCAUCAGGAACAAAGACACCAGCCGUGACGAGUUCAUCUUCUACUCAAAGAGACUGGUGCGGUUGCUUAUUGAACAUGCGCUGUCUUUCUUGCCCUCCAAGGCCUGUUUCGUCCAGACACUACAAGGCCAAGAGUAUGAGGGCUGCAGAUUUAGUGGGAAAGGGAUCACAGGUGUGUCCGUUCUUCGGGCCGGGGAGACCAUGGAACCUGCUCUGAGAGCAGUGUGCAAAGACGUCCGUAUUGGCAAGAUUCUGAUCCAGACUAAUCUAGAUUCAGGAGAACCAGAGCUGCACUACCUGCGACUGCCCAGAGACAUCAGUGAGGACCAUGUGAUAUUGAUGGACAGCACCGUUUCCACAGGAGCGGCAGCCAUGAUGGCAGUGAGGGUGUUGCUGGACCAUGAUGUCCAGGAAGACAAGAUUGUGUUGGUGUCUCUGCUGAUGGCGGAGUUGGGUGUUCACUCAGUGGCUUACGCCUUCCCUCGUGUCAAAAUCAUCACCACUGCUGUGGACAAGAGUCUAGAUGACCUCCUUCAUGUCAUUCCAGGCAUAGGAGACUUUGGUGACCGUUACUUUGGGACAGAUGGGUCUUCAUCAUGGAGUGGUGAAGAACAGCAAGAACCACAUAGCUGCUCAUCAGAGGUUUGACCCGUUGUUCAAGCGAUUCAGGCAGCUGUGACUAGCGAGGAUCAACACUUACUGUAAUUUCAUAAAACCAGCCAGGAACAAAAAUAGAUUUGCUAGCACACUCAUGAGGUGCAGUAUUUUGUAGCACUUCAUUUUAUGACCAUAUGUUCAUGAUAGGAUCUAAAACAGUAAACUGAUUUAGCAGUAAACAUAUACAUGUUACAUUUGAUAUCUUAUUCUGGAGUACUGUUUGUUCCUUAAACACUGUCACGAUAGUUCAAAAUGUUCAAACUAGACAUUUUUAUAUAUUUCUAAAUAUUAGUUUUUACAUUUGUAUAAAUAUACAAAUGAAUGGAUGGCUGGACCCAUUUGGCUGUUUAUUAGUUUUACACAUUCAACACAUAAUAAUUUUUUUAAACACAUUGUUUAUUUCCCUCAAUUCUACAAUUUCAAGAGAAGUUUCUGUUUGAUCAUUCUUGAGGCAACUCCAAGAGAGCAGGUUGGAAGGGUUUUUUCCCCACAUGUGCUGCUGCAGCAUUAACACCAGGGGGCAGUACUUCACUCGUCCUGUCUCAUUGUGAUUUUGCAGGUUCAGUAAGGACAUUAAAAAUCCAACUACGGAACUAAAAUGCAUUUGUGGAAAAUUUGUUGUUCACUCAAGAGUUUAGAGACAAUUGAGCUAAAAUGUUUCUACAAUCUUAAAACAUCAGAAGAAGACCUUGACCAAACCAUGACCUUAAUAGCUGAAUAGAAUAAUGAUUAGAGUGAACUCGAGGUGUUUUUGUUAAGAAACCCUGAGAGGAAACAAUUGCACAUAUACUAGAUACUGCUGGGUGAAGGUGAAGGGGUCUUCACUAAGAGGAACUGAAAAAAUUUCUAUUGCAAUGGAAUAAUGAACGACCAAGUACAGGAUAAUUGUAGAGAUGGUUAUAAGUUGUUACAAGGAAAAAGCUAUAGAAGGUUAGAAAAGAUAGAUGGGACAUCUCUUUCAACAAAAUGGAGGAAACUUGGCAUAAACAAGUCAUUUUUAAGAUCAGACUGUUUUACCAAAUAAGGCAACUGGAAACAAAGGGCAGCUGUCAAAGAAUUAACCUUGAAUGUCUUCAAUCUCUUAAUUUAACAUUUUACAGGUUUGACUUAUUUGGCUUGAUGGAAGAGACAUUUUUAAAGGACAGAAUCUGCAUU